AUGGCGAUAUCUUUUGCUUGGUUUGUGGCGCUUUACUACUUCAUCUUGGACGGUUCGUAUCCAGAAGAUGCUGAUAAGGUGACCAAGCAGCGGAUCUGGAGACAGGCCAAACGGUGGUACAGUGACCAGCAAAACUGUUCGAAUGUUUGUGUUUUUUAUAUAAAUCAUCUUAUAAUUUUAUGA